AUGAAACUUAACGAACACCUGCAGAUCGUUGGCAAGAAUGUUAUUUUAGUCCCAUACGAAAGCAAACAUGUUGAGAAAUAUCACCAAUGGAUGAAAAGCGAGGAAUUACAAACACUAACCGCUUCGGAACCACUAACCCUCGAAGAGGAAUAUCAAAUGCAACAAAGCUGGCGUAACGAUGAAGACAAAUGUACCUUUCUCAUCCUCGAUCGUGAACGUUUCGAGCAAACAAAGGACGAAAUUGAAGCACUCGUCGGUGAUACGAACAUUUUCCUCCAAUCAAACACAGAAGCAGAAGAUACCGAUCCCACGGAUCGUCGAUUACUGGGAGAAAUAGAAAUAAUGAUCGCAGAACCAUCAGCCCGGGGGAAACGUUACGGCUGGGAAGCGACACUGUUGAUGCUUGUGUUCGGUGUGGAACGUUUGCACCUUCGCCAGUACAUCGCCAUCACGAAGGACACAAACGAGCGUGCGAUUAGAAUGUUCGAAAGGAUGAAAUUUCGGGAAACAAAACGUACGCCCAUCUUCCAGGAGGUUAGCUUCGGUCGGCCUGUGGAAGAAGAUUGGAUUGCGUGGCUAAAGCAGGAGGUAGGAUCGUACAGGAUCGAGCCCUAUCCGAAUCAGUCGAAUGUUUUACUUCAAGGUAGAGAAGCAUGA